AUCCGAAUGGUGUAGAAACAUAGAUAAGGAACAGAGAGCCAGAGUCGAGUCCUAGUUCCAAAACUCAGCACAAAGAGAUAGAAACAAAAGAUAUAUAGAUAAAAUAGAUAGAGUGAGAGAAAAAAAGGAAAAAUCUUUGUUCAAAAGUCACAGUCAUCUUCUUCAUUUAAACUGUUUAAGAUCUUAUUUUAAACAAACAAGACAUAAACUACUCAACUUCUCCUCGCUUUGUCUACUUCUUGUCUGAAUUUACUCCUUUUCUCUUUUCCAUCUCUCUGGGUCUUUAGUAAGAUUGUUGGAAAUUGUCUCAAGUUGGGUGUUUUUACCAGACUAUGAUUUGCUUGGUUUUGUCUUUGGAACUUUAAAGAUAGGGUAAAGCAGAGAUGCCCAUACCUGAGACUGGGAAUUUUCAUAGAGUUCUGUCAGGUUGCAUUUGCUUAAUUGCAGCAUUAUCUUGGAGAUAAAAAAGGAAGAGAAUAUGAGGGUGAGGAACAAAUACAGGAAACCAACCGCUUUCCCUUGCAAUGCAGGGAGCAGAUGCUCAAUGUCUGCUGUAGUGUGGAGCUUGGUGGGGUUAGUUCUUAUGCUUCAUCUGUACUCUCUUGUUAGCCACAGAAAUGCAGUGGGUGGAGAUAUCCAAUUGCGUAUGAGUCGUCAUCCAUUAGUCCGUGAACUUGAACAGGUGGAGGAAGAAAAUAUUCAGAUUCCCCCUCCUAGGGGCAAGCGAUCCCCACGUGCUGCUAAACGGAGACCCAAGCGAACAACCACUCUAAUUGAUGAAUUUCUUGAUGAGAAUUCCCAGCUUCGGCAUGUAUUCUUUCCAGAUUUGAAAACUGCUAUAGAUCCAACAAAGGAUGCAGGAAAUGAUAGCUACUCCUACCAUCCAGGGAGAAUUUGGUUGGAUACCGAGGGAAAUCCUAUUCAGGCUCAUGGAGGGGGUAUACUCUAUGAUGAAAGAUCCAGUACAUACUAUUGGUAUGGAGAGUACAAAGAUGGACCUACCUACCAUGCUCAUAAAAAGGGAGCAGCACGGGUUGAUGUCAUAGGAGUUGGUUGCUAUUCUUCCAAGGAUUUGUGGACGUGGAAAAAUGAGGGCAUUGUGUUGGCUGCAGAAGAGACAGAUGAAACCCAUGAUCUCCACAAAUCCAAUGUGUUGGAGCGGCCAAAAGUGAUUUACAAUGACCAUACGGGAAAGUAUGUAAUGUGGAUGCAUAUUGACGAUGCCAACUACACUAAAGCUGCUGUUGGCAUUGCUAGUAGUGAUUACCCAACAGGUCCUUUUGAAUAUCUCCGUAGCCAAAGGCCCCAUGGAUAUGAGAGCAGGGACAUGACCAUCUUCAAAGAUGAUGAUGGUGUAGCAUAUCUAAUUUAUUCGUCCGAGGAUAAUAGUGAACUUCACAUAGGACCACUAAGUGAAGAUUAUCUAGAUGUGAAGCCUGAUAUGCGACGGAUUCUGGUUGGGCAGCAUCGGGAAGCCCCAGCACUAUUCAAGUACCAGGGGACCUAUUACCUGAUCACAUCGGGUUGCACUGGAUGGGCACCAAAUGAAGCACUGGCUCAUGCAGCUGAGUCAAUCAUGGGCCCAUGGGAGACAAUGGGAAAUCCAUGCAUUGGAGGGAACAAAAUGUUUCGACUUGCAACCUUUUUUGCACAGAGUACAUUUGUGAUUCCUUUGCCAGGGAUUCCAGGUUCUUAUAUUUUCAUGGCAGAUCGAUGGAAUCCAGCUGACCUAAGGGACUCAAGAUAUGUAUGGUUACCUUUAAUAGUGGGGGGUCCUGCUGAUCGGCCUCUUGAGUUCAAUUUCGGAUUCCCACUAUGGCCAAGGGUGUCAAUAUACUGGCAUCGGAAGUGGAGACUUCCCUUGAGAUGGAGACUGUCGAACUGAUUGGCUCAUUUUUCCUCCUUUCAAAUACAUAGUUUUUGGUGUACUCUUAUGUAUAUUAAGGCUCUUCACUUAUUCUUUCACUGGUUUGCAUCCUUGUCUCUGAUUUGCAAAGCCUUUUUUGAGCUCACACACCUCAAUAAUUUGGUAAAAAUGUUCGAUCUUUUACACUGCCGGUGAACUUACAAAAAUCUCUCUGUAGGUAAUGUUAAAAUUAGCUUUGAGGUGAUCAUUAGUUUUUGGUGUACUCUUAUGUAUAUUAAGGCUCUUCACUUAUUCUUUCA